AUGGCAGACGCAGCAGUUCUUCGCUUGUACAACAUGAUCGACUGGGUUAAAGAUAUGGUAGCCAUGAGAGAGCAAGGAGGUCUACGCAAGGGCGACCACGCCACAUUUGCUGAUCGUGUGUUUGCGAAUGAGAUGAAUAAGAAUAUACAAAUAUGUGCUGCCAACUAUGAACAAACUCUGUUCAAGGAGGCGCUAAAGUACGGAUUCUUCGAGUACCAGGCCCUUCGUGAUAUGUAUCGCGAACUUUGUGGUGGACAGGAUGCAAAUAUGAAUGAGUCUCUAGUUUUCCGGUUUAUCGAAACCCAAGCACUCAUCCUUUCUCCUAUAUGUCCGCAUAUUGGAGAGCAGAUCUGGCAAAUUCUUGGGAAGGUUGAACUGAUAGUCAGUUCAAAAUGGCCGUCAACUCAACCUGUCGAUGAGACUCUGUGCUGCUGA